UCAUAUAAAUUUUUAAAGAAGAAAUAUAAAUAUAUUUAAGCCGUCAAUGUACACCGUACACUCCCGGUGACCUAGUGUAUUCAGUAUUCACCCACCCUGCUCCAGAGAGCAGUUUAUCCCUGACAGUUACUCAGUACACUCGCAAGAUGGGGAUGGAAAAGCGUACAAUCAAAAUAAUAGUGGCAGUGGUAUUCGUUGUUCUUGUCCUUGGUAUUAUCCUGGGAGUGCUGCUUGCUAUUUUCCUACCGUAUCGAUAUGUGGAACUAGAAGUAUGGCCACGGUCGGAGGAGUACAAUCAUUACGAGCCUCUGAUACACUUUCGGGCGGGUGACCCAGGCAGUUGGCAUGUCUGGUUCAAACGGAUUAACGACUUCCUACGUGACUACGAGACAACAGUUCCCGAGGAACCACCUAGAGCACCGUGCUCCAUACAUCGUCACGACCAGCGAUUGCCGGUACCAAGUUGUGAGCGAGCACUAAAUAUGUGGGCGCCUUGCAAUGCUGACAACUUCUAUGGAUACGCAGCUGGAAAACCUUGUGUCUUCUUAAGACUUAAUCACAUUCAUUACUGGGUGCCGGAACCAUACAAUGUUUCCAAGCCAAUGGAGAUUCCUCCAGAAAUGCCAAACAACAUUAAACAAUUCAUGCAACAACGCCCAGCACACCAUUACGGCGAUUACGUAUGGGUCUCUUGCAAUGGCGAGUUCCAAUCUGAUGAAGAGAAUGUAGGUCCUAUCCAGUACAUUCCUGCAAAUCUGCCACCAGGUUUUCCAACAAACAGGCUGACUACUGCCGAUAGGAUCCCAUAUUCAGCCCGGAACCUCCCCGAUCAGAUACAUGGACCUCUUGUGGCUGUUUUCUUUGAGAAUCCCAGACGUGGAGUUGUAAUCAACGUAGAAUGUCGAAUUUGGACACGCGACAUCAUCUACCGCAGCUCCAGUCGAGUGGGCCACGCCCGUUUUGAACUGUACAUUCAAUAAUCAAGUGUAAUCCAAUGUAUAUCAAGGAAUUGUUGCUAACAAUUAUUUUAUCGUGAAGAGAAAUGCUUUAUAUAAUUAAUAUAUCAGUUUUUUUUUCAGAAUAAUUAUUUAAAUGUACCAAGUUAUGAAAUCUCUGUACAAAGACCCGGUAAUUUUUAUUAAGUAUAUUUUUUACUAAUGGAAACAAAAUUGUAUUGUACUAAUGUUACUUCUGUUAUUUAUAACGAGUAAAAGCAAAAAAAAUAUUCUUAAACUUAUGGUCUCCCUUAACUUUGACAGAAAAGGCCUUUAAGUUUGAGUACAUAUAUGAAAGAUUCGUACAACUUAUUCAUUGAAUACUUUGACAAACUACUGCAACUAAAUGAAACAUGACGUUACGCUUUUUACAAUUAAAAAAAAUGUUGUGUUAGAUUAAUAUGCCGCCUAAACUAAACUGUAACUUAUUCCAGUGUGUUAGAACUUAGAAAUAUUCAUGAUCUACAAAUGCAUGCACAAAAACGAGUUGACGACUUGACGGUUGACGUUUAGUUGUCCAUAGACGUCGUCAUGUUUAUAUUGUGGUUUAUAAAAACAAUGCUUCAUGCUGCUUUGGAGUUUGGUAAAGUACCUUAUGGUAACUAGGUAAUCAGCUAUGAAUUGUGUUAUGUUCACGUGUGUUUAAAUUUGUAUGUAUGUUUUGUAAUAAGUCCUGAAUAUAGUAAAAAAAUUGUUUUCUUUAUAACUAGAAACCAAAUUUAUAUCUACCAAAUUAUAAAGUACUUUUGACAUAUAUUUUAUGUAUAUAAAAUUGCUGGCUUUUACUAAGUUUUACUUUUAUCUAUCAAGAGAUAUAUACCUACAAAACUGCUUGGUAUAAGUAUCAAGUACCAAGUAGUUGUUUUUUUUAUGAAUAACCUUAUUUUAUAUUUUUAACCUUAAUUUAUAUAUUAAAUAAGGAUAAGGUUUUUAAUAAUAUUCGUUGUGAAAUUUCGAUAUGUACAAUUCAAUUUAAUUAAAUUAAUUAAUAAAAUAUUUUAUGUCUCCUAGUAUAUAAGUGAAUUAUUUUAGUGAUUAUACGAAAUUGUAAAUCUCAUUUGUGCAAUUACA